AAUUCUCAGAUUUACAACUUCACAAAAUUCACAAUGACAAUUUGAUUCAACCAGCUGUGAGAUAUUUAUAAAUUGCGUCUUAAUUAUACAUUUAAUCAUCUUCUAACUAUUUGUUUACCAAUAAUAUUUCCUGUAAUAUCAUAUAGUUACGAGGAACAGUUGAAAAAAUGUCUUACGCCUACCUCUUCAAAUACAUCAUCAUCGGAGAUACAGGUGUUGGCAAAUCAUGUCUACUACUACAAUUCACAGACAAAAGGUUCCAACCUGUACAUGAUCUCACAAUAGGUGUGGAAUUUGGUGCUCGCAUGAUCACUAUUGAUGGCAAGCAGAUCAAACUGCAGAUAUGGGAUACAGCUGGUCAAGAAGCAUUCAGGUCAAUCACGAGAUCGUACUACAGGGGCGCGGCUGGCGCUCUUCUAGUAUACGACAUCACUAGGAGGGACACAUUCAACCACCUGACCACUUGGCUCGAAGAUGCGCGUCAGCACUCUAACUCGAAUAUGGUCAUAAUGUUAAUUGGUAACAAGAGUGAUUUAGAGUCGAGGCGUGAAGUGAAGAAAGAGGAAGGCGAGGCAUUUGCGCGUGAACAUGGCUUGGUGUUCAUGGAGACUUCGGCUAAGACAGCCGCCAAUGUGGAAGAAGCAUUCAUAAACACAGCCAAAGAGAUCUAUGAGAAAAUCCAAGAAGGUGUUUUUGAUAUCAACAAUGAGGCAAAUGGUAUCAAAAUCGGGCCACAGCACUCGACGAGCGGUGGGGCGAGCGGCGCGGGGGGUGCAGGCGCGGCGGGCGCUGCUGGCGGUGGCUGCUGUUAGGUGCUGCACUGCACACACUGAGCGGGAGAGCUGCCUACUAGCAAGGGCUGAUGAGGAGGGGUGCAGCUGUGUGCAACGAACAAUGAAACGGAACUUACUGUAUGCCGGAUUAUUAGAUUUAUUUUGUAUGCUGCAGAAUAGCUUAAAUCUGAACUCACUAUUAUACUAAUGCCUCUUGGGCAUAUUUGUAAUUCAUAGAAUUAGUCAGUCUUAUUAAGAACAGAUCUAAAUAUUUCCAUCUAAAAAGCCACCUUCCAUAAUUUCACAAACUCGCCAUUUCAAAGGUGCUAACUUUAAUAAUUUUCAAUAGAAUUAGACUUUCAUUAAAAUAUAUAUUACAUUGUUUUUAAUAAUAAAAAUUCCACCAACUUUUUACUAAAAAGAAUUUUAUUUUUAAAUUUACAGUGGCACUAGUUUAUGCCUCAAUAAAUAAUAUUACAUUUAAGCGCAUAAAUAAGUCGUACAGUUCAUACAUACAGCAGAACCAUUUCAUUGAUAUAUAUGUUAAUAUGACCAAGGUGUAGAACAUGUAGAAUGGAUAACCCAUAAAAUUUAAUAGUCAACUCAGAUAUAUACACGCCUUAAAGUACCUAAUUAAGAAGAAUUAAAUUGUUACCAAUAGUUUCAAUGCUCACAUGAAACCGAUCAUAACAUUAUAUUAGAACUUUCACAAAUAUAAUAAAAUGCUUUAUAAUUUUGUGUGUAUGCAAAUUGUGUACAUUUUAUUUGCAAUGUCAUUCAUGGAGGUAUCACAAUAAUAUGGCAUUUAUUUAUAAAAAGUACAUGAGUGUUGUGUAAAACUUAGUAAUUGUUGAUGUUGUUUCGUUCAUAUUUUAUUUUGUCGAUUGAUACGAAAGGAAUAUAUAAAUAUGGGUAUUUGAUAUAAACAUUAUUAUGAUUAUUGUGUAAUAAUUAUUUAAAAAUGGUUAUUGUAAUGGGAUAUUGUCAUUUCUAAUAUUGACAAUAUUCAAUUAUUUUACGUUUUCCAUCUCAAAAUAAGUCGCUGUAAGAUCUAAAAUAAAUAUAAUAUAUUUAAAGAAGGAAAUCUUAUUUUUAUUAGUUUGAUCUCUAUGGAAGUGAAUACUGAAACAUAUUUAUUAUUGAGAGAAUUGUAUCGUAACAUCCGACCUUUUUUACCUUGCAUAAUAUAAUUUUUGUUUGGAAUUAAAAUAUUUUGGCGACAUAGUAAUAACAAUCUUCCUUUAUUUGUAGAUAUUUGUAUGCUUUUAGGUGGUGGCCUAUUGAAUAGUUUGCACAAUGGAAAUUAUAUUAAACAGAUGAAACAUUUUGAACUUUCAAUUAUAAAAUUAUCAAAAGGACUGCUUGCAAGGUAAUAAAAGACAUGAUUACAAAAUAGGUUAUUUUUAAGUUUAGCACAUUGUAAUAUGGUAAAGUAUUUUGUAAGGUUACAAUAUGCAAACACAUUUAUAAGGUGUAAUUCAUGAGAGUAAAUGUUGAAAAACAAA